AUGCCUUAUAUGACCAAACCUCUGAUUUUACUUCUAUGUCUGGUCGUUAUCGGUGAAUGCCGUAGACACGGCCACCGGGUGCGCAGAUGGACCGGCACCGUGGAGACCCAAAAGCAUGGCACAUCCUUGGCAAAGAAGCCCCCAGAUGUGACCAAGUCUCGCAAAAUAAAGACAGAGCAUCUGCUCAAAGUAGAAGAUCAUGACUUUACCAUGAGACCAGCAUUUGGAGGUCCUGCAAUCCCUGUGGGAGUGGACGUGCAGGUGGAGAGCUUGGACAGCAUCUCUGAGGUUGAUAUGGACUUCACUAUGACUCUGUACCUGAGGCACUACUGGAAGGAUGAACGCUUGUCGUUCACCAGCAGCACCAACAAGAGCAUGACGUUUGACGGCCGCCUGGUGAAGAAAAUCUGGGUCCCCGAUGUCUUCUUUGUGCACUCUAAGAGGUCCUUCAUCCACGACACCACCACCGACAACAUCAUGCUGCGUGUCUUUCCUGACGGACAUGUCCUCUACAGCUUGAGGGUGACAGUGACAGCAGCCUGUAACAUGGACUUCAGCCGCUUUCCUCUAGACUCUCAGACCUGCUCACUGGAGCUGGAGAGCUAUGCCUACACAGAUGAAGAUCUGAUGCUGUAUUGGAAGAGCGGUGAUGAGUCUCUGAGCACUGAUGAUCGCAUCUCCUUAUCACAGUUCCUCAUCCAGAAGUUCCACACCACUUCUCGCUUGGCCUUCUACAGCAGCACAGGCUGGUACAAUCGUCUUUACAUCAACUUCACGUUGCGACGCCACAUCUUCUUCUUCCUGCUGCAGACGUACUUUCCCGCCACUCUGAUGGUUAUGCUGUCAUGGGUGUCGUUCUGGAUCGACCGCCGGGCUGUGCCGGCCAGAGUUUCCCUGGGCAUCACCACAGUGCUGACCAUGUCCACCAUCAUCACUGGAGUGAAUGCAUCCAUGCCCCGGGUGUCCUACAUCAAGGCGGUGGACAUUUACCUCUGGGUCAGCUUCGUCUUCGUCUUCUUGUCUGUGUUGGAGUACGCUGCCGUCAACUACCUGUCCACUGUCCAGGACCGCCGGGAGCGCAAGAUGAGAGAGCGGGCACGAUCUCAGUCCCUGCCCUGCACCUGCGGCAUCUCCCAGACGCGAACCAUGACCAUGUUGGAUGGUACCUACAGCGAGGCUGACACCAACAGCCUGGCAGGCUACACUGAGGAACCCAUGGUGCCAGAGGAGGAACAAGAUCUGCACGAGGUUCCGGAGAAACCUGAACACAUGGUGGUCCAUUUGUCCGUGAGCAGCGAGUCCACCACAACCAAGAAGAAGAAGAGCCUGCGUGCUCUCAACAUCAUCCAGAACACGCAUGCAAUUGACAAAUACUCCCGGAUGAUUUUCCCUGGUUCAUACAUCUUUUUCAAUCUGAUCUACUGGUCAGUCUACUGCUGA